GACGCCACCAACAACGACGACGACAACUACAACGCCACCAACAACGACGACAACCACACCUCCUAUGGCCACAACAGCCACUGAAAUAAUUGAUGGGAGAGAAGCGAGAAUAGUUGUUUAUGGUCUCUGGAGCAGCUGGUCUGUAUGGAUACAAUGCAGUGUUACUUGUGGAGAAGGGGUACAGAGAAGAACGCGUAUAUGCCAGAAAUCUUCCCCAACUGAUGUUGACUGUGAUGGUUCAGAGGAGGUCACUAGAGCAUGCAACAAUGGCAGAUGCCCAGAUUGCAGCCUGAUUUGUCAGACAGGCCAACAACGAAAUCAGGACUGCACAGCAUGUGAAUGCCCAAUGACAACAAGGCACAUCAAUGUGUACAAUACUAAACAUGUCCCUCUAGCUGGGGUCCGGGUAGCCUUAAAAGGCGUAGAGUAUGAGACUAUUGGGCUGACCAGUACAUCAGGGGCUUUGGAACUGCUUGGACUUUGUGAUAAUACUGAACUUGUGAGCGAGAAAGAGAAAUACAUGACCAAUGUCACGUCUAUAGGUGUUGAUGAUGGAACGUCUUAUGAGAUCAUAAUGCAAGCAUUAGAGGGAAUAGAAGUAACACAUCAUCCUUUUAGUAAAAUUGCCAUUGAAGGAGACAGCGUUAACUUUACAUGUAAAGCUAUUGGAAAACCACCACCGGAUACAUACUCAUGGUAUAAGGACGGUAAAGAGAUAACAGUUCCUGGGAGUAAUACGAACACUCUGAGCAUACAAUCGGUGACAACCAGUGACAGUGCUUCCUACAUGUGUCUCGCACAGUCUGACUAUAGUGCUGCCUAUUCCAAUCCUGCUACACUCCUUGUUAGGGAUGAUGGUGAGAGUUUCUGUAAUUCAACACCAAUAUCACAUCUGAAAUCACUUCCAAGAGAUUGUCCACAAGCUGGUGAAACACCCUACCACUUUGAUGUUAAGAAAUGCCUUGGGAAUCCAUGCAUUAAACGGCCAAUAACAGACAAAGAAGAAUAUUGCUGUGGACCAAUCAUACAAGAACUGAGGACAUUGACAUGUAGUUCUUACACCAUUGACAUUGCAGAAACUAUUGAGUGUGGUUGUAAGAUAUGUAACCAAGUUGAGGUAGAUGGAAACGUUCUGACAUCUGAUCCAAAGGUAUAUUUGAGUGGCUAUGUAUAUGAUGUACUAGACAAAGGUGUACCUCUUAGAUUUGGUGAGAUUUACCUUUUUGAUGAAUUAGUAACCCAUACAAGUUUUACAGGUGAAUAUAAGUUCCUUGUGCCAAAAGAUGUAUCCCGGCUCGUUAUAACUGUAAAGGAGGGCUUUCUAAAAUUGAACUUUAUUGAAACUACUAAAACAAUUUACAUCCCAAAUGAUUUUACAGGAACUCUCUAUAGAGAUAUCCCUAUGCUUAGGAAGAAUACAAUUGUUGAAAUAUCUUCUUCUAAUAUCAAUACAUUAGACCUGGCAAACACAAGCUCAAAUGCAUCCUUUGCUGAGGUGAUCAUUCCUGAAGGAGCAUUUUAUAAUAAGGAUGGGACAAAGUACAAUGGACAAGUUCAGGCAAGUGUUACUUUCCUUGAUCCAACAGACAUUGAAAGCAUAGAUACAAUGCCUGGAGAUCUGUCAUUCAUGGACAGCAAUGGACAGACAGGAAACCUACAGACAUUUGGCAUGUUUCAUAUGAGCUUUGAAGAUCCUGCUGGAAAUGAGCUAAACAUCGAAGGUGAUGUUGAAAUGGCCAUAAGUGCAGAAAGAAUUGAAGCAAAUGAAACUACAAAUGUCAAGCUUUGGUCUCUGAAUCCUUCUUCGGGAAGAUGGGAGAUUGAAGGCUCGUUAAGAAAAGGUCUCUCUAGAAGAAGGAAGCGAGCUCAAUCUCAGUUUCAGAGUGAGUUCUUCAUUGGGAACAUGAAGAUAGUAGGAAGAUAUUGGUACAAUUUUGACAGAGUUAAUCAAGACUACUGUUUUGUUAAUAUUAAGGCAUAUGAUAGUGAUACGAUGACCACACAAAUACCCGAAGCAUCUACUAAUGAACCAACUAUAAUUGCACGGAACAGGGCAGAGACAUGGCAGCAUAUUACAGGCAAACAAAGCUACGUAUAUUGGUCAUUUAACAGUGUUGGAUCUGAUGGGGAUUGUGUAUUAACCAUGUGUGAGGCCAACCACUUCCAAGGUUACCUAAUGUUUGAUACAGUUGACGGACCACUCCAUGGCUCAACUACACUUGGGGGACAGGCAGCUCCUUCAGUGACAACUAGAAGGGCAGAGGCUCAACCAGGGGCCACACAACAUACGGUGUUAAAUACCACAGUAAGCCCGUUGACAACUUCAGGACCUUUAUAUGACAGUUGGAAAUCAACAUGUUAUGACCAAGAUAGUGCGUAUUGUACAUUUUGCUCCAAUCUUGUUGAAAAGGAACCAACUUGUAUUCUAUGUGACCGAACUGCCUGUCGAUAUUCAUAUACACUGGCCUAUACCAACUGUAUGAAUAGUGGACAAGGGAAUUCCCAUUACAGAUUCUACAGACCGGCCAACUCACUCAUUGAAUAUACAUCAUGUAACCGUUUGGUUGAUGAUUGUCCUGCAGAAAACUCGCUCUAUCCAUUGGUUUGGUUUCCCGAUGCUCCGGCUGAUCACUGGGCCUGGUUUAUCAAGGUCAGAGUUGAAGUUUGGAGUAAUGGUGCAAACGGUGGAACACUAUAUCCAGAUGAAUCAAGGGUGGUUGUAUCAAGCUAUGGAGGUGAACAUACUGAAACACUGAAUAGGCUAUUUGGUAGCAGAGAAGAUGUGACCGAGGAUAGAUCUGUUUGCCUGGAAUACAAGGGAAGUGGGGACAUUAUAACAUCAACAUUUCAACAGGCUACAGAUGAGACUGUCAUUAAAGUAAUGGCUGGAGGAACAGACUGUGUUUAUACUGUUACAGCUGGGCUACAACAAUAUGCCCAGGGUGAGGCGGCAUUCAAACUACCUGCUGGCACCAUACAUGCUGGGGGAAGUUCGGGAUUAUACUUUGAUGAUGGCUCAAACAUGGAGACAGCGCGACGGACAGCGAAGGCUGCAUGUGAAUGCAGUGAUGCACAACAUAGCAGUGUACAGUGUAACAAUCCACAACCAACAACAGGGUAUGGUAUUCUAGUUAAGUGCAGGAGGGCAUAAGAAGCAACAUUUGAUACAGUAUAAUCGAGUAUAAUUGUAUAUUUUUCCAGUUGAUAGAUGUUAUAUGGAAUAGUACUUUUGUAGCUUUGGCUAAUCAUAUAAACAGAGCAUACAUUAGCACAUACGAGGACAUUAAUGUUUUAUGGUGUAUUGCAUUUUAUGUAAAUAGAUUGUAAAUAUAAGGGGUACUAAACAUACACUCAUGA